AUGCAUGCUGCAGGUUAUAACAAAAUUCACUAUCGAGCAGAGCGAGAUAGUGUUGAUAGAGUCGAUAGAGUCGAUAGAGUCGAUAGAGUCGAUAGAGUCGAUAGAGUCGAUAGAGUCGAUAGAGUCGAUAGAGUCGAUAGAGUCGAUAGAUUCAAGAGAAACAAGAAAAAUCUGCGAAAGCCUCUAGCUGAAGAAACUAUGCUUUAUGGGUUGAAGCAAUUUCGAGAACAGCAGUCAACGGAAAACUAUAUAGAAGAAGAAGGGUUAUUGAAAGACGAAUUUUUCAAAAGGUACCAUAACAAGCCUUUUAACUAUGACGUUGAAAUAGCAAAAGUGCUAAAUGAUCCCAAUUACGUGCCGCCGGUGGUUUCAAUUAAUACAGAUGAUAUAGUGGUAUCAUCGGGCACAACUUCACCCAACGGGACCAAAUAUCAAAUGACAAUGCAUCCGGAUGGAAGCGAACAACCCCCCAAGUCUUUGCCCAACUCGCACCAUCGAGUUGAAAAACCAAGAAAACCUCGACAAUCAUUGCAUCGUGAUAUGCGCCAUUACCAAGAAAACAAUCUAAAUGCAAGAGUGGCCAAGCAUGAGUAUCCAACUACCACAGCAGUAGCAGUAGCGGCGGCAGCAGCUGCUGCAGCUGCUGUUACUCGGCUGAAUGAAGCUCAUCAUGCAUACCCUACCACCAUUACUACCACCCCGACCACCACCACCACUACCACCACCACCACCACUUCAGCAGCGGCAGUUACUAAUCAACUGAUAUCAUUACCUACUCCAGUCUCAGUAGAUAUGCAGAUUGCCGAUGAGCAAGAAAAUAUUGUAAAAGAGCUCUUGGAACUAGGAAACGAAGACGGCGAGGAAGUAGUAGCAGGAGCAAACGGGUUCAAUCCGUACAACUAUAAAAACGUGUUUCACGAUUUACAGCAAUUCAUAUUACGUAUUCUUGAUAAAAUGGGGAAAAACGAAAAUGUCAAGAAUAUAGUCUUUUUAAAAGAACUAAAUGAAAAGUUUGCCAGAGAAAUGUCUCAACCGUGUGCAACUCAACAUCAAAGCUAUCACAAUGUGAAACUUAGUGAGAAACAAUCGAGGCUUAACUUGUUGAGGAACUUAAAAUCCCUAUAUGUUGAUCCAAUAAUGGCGUCGAUGUCGUUGAAUUUGGAAGAAAAGUCAAGCAAUGUACAUGACUACAAAUAUACUAGUACUCUAAGAUCACACUUUCAUUAUAUUGACACCAGUGAUCAUGUAUCGAACGACUUUCAAAAACCACUGAGUAUCAAAAGCUCUUCAAUUAAUCUAAGUUAUCACAAGAAGCUAAAUAUUAUCACAAUCAAGGUCAGUUACUCGUUGAAUGCACCCAGUAGUAGUAAAAAGGACAUGCCGAGCCUCAAACGCGCGGUUUUCAGAAUCUUGAAACAAUUGAAAGAAAGUAAUGGUACCCUAAAACAUGAUCGUGAGACGGGUCUUCUUGUUUAUAGGGCAUUAAAGGAGCAAACCAAAGAACAUGUUGAAGAUGAAUUAAUGCAAUAUAUCAAUCAGCUAUCUGAAGAGGAGUUUAUCAGAAAUUUUAUCAAUUUUGAAAAUAUGGAAGAGGAAGAAGAAGAAGAGGAAGAAGAAGAGGAAGAGGAAGAGGAAGAAGAAGAAGAAGAGGAAGAGGAAGAGGAAGAGGAAGAGGAAGAAGAAGAAGAAGAAGAAGAAGAGGUGGGGAUGGAGAUGGAAGUGGAGAUGGACAAGGAGGAGGAAGAGGAAGAGAAAGAGGAAGAGAAAGAGGACGAAGGCAAUAAUGAGGAUAAGGCAGCAACAGGGACCACUGUUCUUAGUGCUGAAAAACAUGAAAAACAAGAAGAACCUGAAGUAAAUGGAGAAAAUGAGCAAGAUGAGAAAUAUGAGGAACAUGAGAAAUAUGAGGAACAUGGAGCAAUUGAGAAAUAUGAGGAACAUGGAGCAAUUGAGGAAAAUGAAGAACAUGAACGAGAAAAUGACUCUGAAACUAGUGAUGAAGAUGGUGUGGGUUUAGAGACACAAAAGGAACACGUUUUAGAAAGUCAGGAGGAAACACCUUUUCUUGGAGAAAAAGAGCGCGAAUCUAUUGAAGAUGACAUGCAAGACACUUUACUAGAAUCCAAACCACUUUUAGUGAAAGAGUCUGCACUUGAGAUUUUGGACCCUGUCUUUGAAACAUAG